AUGGCCUCUUGUCCUGUUGCUCAUCGCCACCGAACAGAGCCUGGCUCCACGCUCUUGGCACCCUCCCUGCAGAUACUUACUGAUGAGAUCCCCUCUCAGUUGUCUCUCCUUGAGAUUGAACAGGCCCAGCUCCCUCAGCCUUUCCUUGACCCCCAGGUCUUCCUCAGCAGAGCUGCUUUCCAGCAGGUCACCCUCAAUCUGUACUGGUGCUCGGGGUUGUUCCCUGUUAUAAGCCCACAACUGGACACAGUUGCUGCCCGUCUCUGGCCUCCCAGCAGCGGAGAGCAGCCCCCCGAUCUGCUGGGAGUUGCUGCAAUAAGGAGCCGCACCCUGGACGAGCAGGAAGGGAGGCACAGCCGGGGGUACCAGCUCCUCAGACUGCACCUGGCGGGGGAGCCCAGCCCAGGCCACUGCUCGGACAUCCCCAUGGACAGCAGCGGUGGGAGCACGUGGGACAACCCCCUGGACCCCUGUGCUCACCAGUGUGGCACCUUCCCACAGAAAGUUACCUGGCUCUCCGCUUCCCUGCCUCCCACGCACACCUACCGGCACUUCGCCGCGCUCCCGCAAAUCCUCGCCCAGCUCACCGGGGACGACUGCCUGCACAAAAACACUCGCCCUGCUGCUCAGGCCAGCAAACAGCUACGGAAAGGGGAUGACCUGAGCUGCACGCUCCACAAUGAGGAUGACCCCCCAGAGUCUUCAGCAGCUGAGCAGCCUUCCACGUCUGCAGAGCCUGCGCAGCCUCCGCAGCCAGCAGCCUUACCUGAGGCUGACACUUCCCCUCCUCCUUACUGUAGCAUAGCUGUGGAAGCAGCUGCAACCUCAGACACACACAAUGAGUUUUAUCCUGUACCACCUCCAUACAGUGUAGCUACCUCUCUUCCUACGUACGAUGAAGCAGAGAAGGCCAAAGCUGCAGCCAUGGCAGCUGCUGCAGCUGAAGUUGCCCAGCGACACGCCCAGUUUAGGGAAUCUAGGAGUCUGUUUGAUGAAAUAUUCCUCAGUCGUCCAGAGGAAGAAGAGUAUCCACCACGGGAUGAUUUCAGUGAUGCAGAUCAGCUUAGAGUGGGCAAUGAUGGCAUCUUCAUGUUGGCAUUUUUCAUGGCGUUUAUUUUCAACUGGAUUGGAUUUUGUUUAUCCUUCUGUAUAACAAAUACCAUAGCUGGAAGGUAUGGUGCAAUCUGUGGAUUUGGUCUCUCCCUGAUCAAAUGGAUUCUCAUUGUACGGUUUUCAGAUUAUUUUACUGGAUAUUUCAAUGGACAGUACUGGCUUUGGUGGAUAUUUCUCGUACUUGGACUCCUUCUGUUCUUUCGAGGCUUUGUUAAUUAUCUUAAAGUCAGAAAUAUGUCUGAAAGCAUGGCAGCUGCUCACAGAACAAGAUUUUUUUUCUUGUACUGAAGACUGCAUCGAACAGACAUUCCUUUCCUACGCUGGUGUGAAACUUCCAGAUGAUCUGUAACCCUCCAAGUUAAUCAAAUAGAAGACUACUAAAACCAGAAGACAAAUAAUUGAAAAAUGGCUUCAAAAAUAAAUGACAGGAUGGUUUAUGAUCAAGUACCAGUUCUGGUCAUUCUAGUAAAUAUUUAUAAUUGCUGCCUUUUGUUUUAGCACAUUUGUAUAUGUGCUUGUUAAAAAGAUAGUAUUGAAGUAAGAACAAACUAUCUGUAAGUAUAGAUUAGGUACAGUCAGACUCAGUUAAUCUGUGCUUGUUGUAUCUGAAAGAUUUGAGUGGUAACUUGUUUCACAGCUUGUAUGUACCACAGACUUGGUGAUCUGAACUUCUUUCUGAGUACAAUGAAAUGCAUUAAGUGAUUCAGAUUAACCAGUUCAGACAGGUUUUUUUAUAUAAUUUAGAUUCAUCUAAUGAUUGUAUAGAACAUUUUUAAGUUUACUAAACCCCAAAGUUCCUUUUCACAAACUUAUAUUCGCCAAUAUUUUAUUGAAUUCAAGCCAAUAUACUGGUUUGUGCUAAAACUGAUACACUUUGAGUCCCCUGUAAAUAACUGCAUAAAUGACUGUUUUAAUUGCUUCUUAGGAAAUCUAUCAAAAUAUAUUUUGUAACAGCAUAUUCUCUAAAUUUUGUUUAAUCUUAGAGCUAUAUACAUAUUUUUUGUUAAUUGGCUAUUAAAGGAUUAGUUAAUAGUAGAUGUAAUUUUGGAGGUUUGCAUUCUUGAGGUCACUAUAAAUACAACAUCCACAUUGAGUGCUUCUCAAAUAUCAUACAACUACUUUAUGAUGCUUGUUUAGAGUAAAUACUUUGCCAUUUCAUAAGAAGAAACUAGUUUAAAUGCAAGGUAAUUUGGGAAGUAAUCUAUGAAGGAAAAAAAUUUAAAGCUCUGAAAGUAGAAAAUGUGUUUUACCUCUCCUUUUAUUCAUUUAAGGUAUACCAUUACAUUCUUAUGAAUAUCAUCUCUUUAAGGGGUACUGUCUACAGUUCAUGCACAUGUAGUUUCUUUUAAUGUUUGUGAAAUUUAUGCUUCUUCUCUAAAUAGGAGGAGACAUCUCUCAGUCCUUUGUACAACUGGAAUCUCAGUUGCAAAAAUACAUUGGCUGUUGGUUGCACCUUUGAGGAAAAAAGUACAAAUAGUUUCCUCCAUUUUUCUUUUUAAUUAGAAUUCUGCUUUUUUAUUACUAAAAUUAAAACCAGUGAGGUUUAUGUUGUGUUAAGCUAGUGCUGUAUUGAGUUUUGUAUCUAUAAUGAAUGUUUAAAAUACACAUAUGUAAACAUUUUCAUUUUCCCGAUCUUUCAGAGAUAGCUGAUAUUAACUAAAACUUUAGGGGCACCUCUACUUCUCAGCUUUUUAUGGAAAGAAGAAAAUUAAGUAUUAUGUUCAAUAUCCUAUUGGGAUUUUCUUCUAAACUUCUAUUUGUUUCUGUGUUCUUUUGCAUUCAUUGUCCAGAUGAAAAAGAAGCGAAUAAUAAAGCAUUGCUUUGUUUUGCUAAUUAAGA